AUGAGCGACAAUGCUUCAUCAACCUUCAUUGGGGACAAUACCCACGGGUCUACCCUGAACCAAGGGUCCAUCAUCACUGGGGACGGCUCACACGUCGGUAACAUCAACCAUUUUCACACAGCUACACAGGAGGAUUCCGCGCGCAAAUCAUGUCUGAGAGACCUCCUGGCAGCUCUGGGGGACGAUCCAGACGACUAUCGGCAGAUGCUCGAAGACCGCAAAGGACCGAAAACACUGGGCACUUGUGAGUGGGUUUCGGAAACCGACGCAUACAAGAGCUGGAUCGCCAAGUCUUCCAGCCUACUAUGGAUCUCCGGAGAUGCCGGUAAGGGGAAGACUAUGCUUUCUCUCCAUCUCGUCAGCACACUGAAGGGCGACUCUUCAACUGCACAUGUCGUCCACUUCUUCUGCAGUCGAGACCACGGAAAAAACAAUGGUGCUUCUAUUCUCCGCGGCCUUAUCUAUCAACUGCUCUCUCAACGUCCAUCGCUGUUCGAGCAUGUUACAAAUGACUACGACAAGCACGGAGCUAGUCUAUUCGACGACAGAAAGUUUCAAGCCCUCUGGACCAUCUUCACUCGGAUGUUGCACGACCAGAACAUUACAUCCAUUACAUGCAUUAUGGACGGCUUAGACGAAUGUGACGAAGAGGGUCUCGAAGACUUCUGGGUGAAGAUCAAGAGCUUAUACGAUGCAGAUCCUGAACGGAAAGUGGAGCAAUCUUCUCACCACUUGAAGCUUCUCGUUGUCAGUCGCAAUCACCCUUACUCUAUUAAGCAAGCAAUGCAUGCAUUCCCCCGACUGCGUCUUGAACCCGACAACGAGCCGCAAAUUGGAUCUGACAUCUCCAAGUUCAUCGACGAUCGCAUGGCUGAUCUACGCUGCCCAAGCGAGACAUACGCAUACAUCAAGGAGAAGUUAUCUUCUGGGUCGGAAGGCACCUACCUAUGGGUCAGCUUCGCUAUCAGUUCCCUGAGAAAGGUUCGAGUCAUCGACAUGGAAAGCACUGUCGACGCCUUUCCACGUGGUCUAGAUGCCAUGUAUCGUCGCAUGUUGCUGAUGAUAUCAAAGCGUGAACGAGGAAGAGUUAUAGAAAUCCUCCGAUGGGUAAUCGCUUCUUUCCGGCCACUCACACUUCGCGAGCUCGCCGUCGCCGUGAACACAAAUCCCGCAAGGGGCCAAACACCCGAGGAGGCCAUCUCUGAUGAAGUCACCUAUGCAGGAGAUUUGUUGACCAUGGACAAAAAGCACUGGGCGGGUGAACAAGUAGUGAGCCUUGUGCACUCAUCAGUUCUGGACUUCCUCCGAUCUAUCCCUCAAGAUGAUGACAGCCUAGAAAGCUUUGGAUUCCAGGCGACAGCCACACAUGCUCACUUGGCUCACCGCCUCUUCGAUUACACUCUCCAGUCUUUGCUUACUCUGGCCCCUUCAGAAGGUGAAAGUACAAAUCGCGAAAGCCCGGUCCCGUUUGAAGAGAAAGAUUACCCCCUUCUGAAGUACGCACUUGCUCAUGGCGUUCGACACGUGCUGCAAAUUGGGAAGCUGAGCCUCAUCGGAAAUCACCAUCGGCUACUGGAUCCAGCCGAACAGUAUCACGUCUUGUGGUUGCAGCAUACAUAUCUUGCGAUGCACGACCAUUGGCCUAGAAAGAGAGUCACUGUCGCCCAUCUGGCAGCCUCGCAGGGUCUCACCGAUGUUCUCGACUACCUUCACACAGAGCAAGACACUGACAUAAAUGUCCAAGAUGGCGACGGGCGAACAUUAUUAUUCUAUGCCACACACCGCUACCAGUUGGAGACGAUGGGUUGGCUACUGAUUCGUGGUGCUGAUCCAAAUGCUCACGACGUCACUGGACAGACCGCUUUACACAUUGCUGCUGACAAAGAUCUUGACUUCGUCGAUCUUCUUCUUCACAAUGGAGCAAAGGUCCUAGUUCGGUCUUCUACGCAGAACAUACACAGUAUGAAUCUCAGCGAAUCGUGGCAUGCCGAGAGUGAAGAAGGGAUCACCGAAUACUGCGGAACGCCUCUUCAUAUUGCUGCUUCAAGAUGCGAUGACACAAUCCUAGGGAGAUUGCUGCCUUUAUUCCUUCAAGAGGGUGGAUCAUCAAGUGAGGUUGAUGGGAACGGUCGCACCAUGCUCCACUGGAUAGCCACAUGUGUCGAAGACGACUGGCUGGUGAAGCCCAUAUGGGACCUCCUAGAGCAAUUUUGCAAGCCACCUCAAACGAUCGAUCCCAGCAUUUUGGACAACAAUGGUGAGGCUGCAAUACAUAUCGCCAUGAGAAAGCUCUUUUCAUGGUCACGGUCCGAUAAGCCGACAUGGAAUCCGUGGGGACAGAGUUAUAAGGCCGGGAAAGAAAACGCAAAUCUGAACUCUGUCAUCAGGCUCCUAGUGACAUUCAGGACGCCUAUCGACAUUAGGACUUCGUGUGGGAGGACGCUCUUGCAUAUGGCGUGCAAGUUUGGGAAUCUGAGAUGCGUCGAGUUCCUUCUGGAGCGUGGUGCAGAUGCCAGCAUCUACGAUGGGAGGGGACGGACGGCAUUACAUUGGCUUUGCAGCGAAGUUCAGAUCGGGCUCCAGAACAGACCGCGGAUCCUGCACGCGCUGGUAAAGCACAUGACGUUGGAAGAUAUCAAAGCCAAGGAUGCCGACGGUAAGACCGCUUUCGAGCUUGCGGAGGAAGCGGACAUCGACUACGUAUACUGCCGACGUCGAGUCCUGCGCGAUCUUUUGCCACUGAACCUGCAGGGUCUUGUGGACGACAUAAAAGAUGAAUAUUUCGAGACGGGGAACCGUGGACGCGACUCCCCACCGUGGAAACGUGGAAGCAUGGGCGGUAGACGUUGGUGUGCGAACUUCGCCAAGCUGCAUCCAUUGAUCGAGAUAGCUUUGUUUGGGUACAACAGUGCUUCGACACACUCCCUGAUUGACGACAUUUGCCUGAAGGCAACAAGACCCAAAGUUCCUGUGUACUAG